AAGAUGCUGCGGGCGGAACCUGCCCGUGCGAGCGGGAUUCGGGGGCGCUGAAGUCGCAGGGGCAGGGCGGGAAGGAAGAUCCGGAGCACGGCACAGGAUCCGGAGCUGGAGCCCCCAGAACUUUCCCUCCGUGAAGGAUCGAGCAGGUCUGGACGAGUGAGGCUGGCUCCAUGUAUCCAGAGUCAACGACGGGCUCCCCAGCUCGGCUCUCCCUGCGGCAGACGGGCUCCCCUGGGAUGAUCUACAGUACUCGAUAUGGGAGUCCCAAAAGACAGCUCCAGUUUUACAGUGGCAGCUCCUGGGUGCAGCGGCACCAUGUUGUCCAUGACGUACAGUGAGAGUCUGCGGAGCGUGAGCGGCAGGUGCCACUCUGACUGGGCCCUGCACCCCGUCCGCCAGACCGGCACGCUGGAACUGCUGCGGCUGCGGGAGGUGCGGGUGGCCGCCCAGGCCAGGAACAUGGAGAGCUUCCUCCGCAUGCACGGCCUCUCCCUGGACGGCUGCACCGCCCGGCGCACGGGCAUGAAAUAUCGGAACCUGGGCAAGUCCGGCCUGCGGGUCUCCUGCCUGGGGCUCGGAACAUGGGUGACCUUCGGAGGCCAGAUCACGGAUGAGAUGGCAGAGCAGCUUAUGACCUUGGCCUACGACAAUGGCAUCAACCUCUUUGAUACCGCGGAAGUCUAUGCGGCUGGCAAGGCUGAAGUGGUCUUAGGAAACAUCAUUAAGAAGAAGGGUUGGAGACGGUCCAGCCUCGUCAUCACCACCAAGAUCUUCUGGGGCGGAAAGGCCGAGACCGAGAGGGGCCUUUCCAGGAAGCACAUCAUAGAAGGUCUGAAAGCAUCUCUGGAACGACUGCAGUUGGAGUACGUGGACGUGGUCUUCGCCAACCGUCCAGACCCCAACACACCCAUGGAAGGGGACCCAUUUAGUUCCUCCAAGUCCAGGACAUUCAUCAUAGAAGAGACUGUCCGCGCCAUGACCCACGUCAUCAACCAGGGCAUGGCCAUGUACUGGGGAACGUCGCGCUGGAGCUCCAUGGAGAUCAUGGAGGCCUACUCAGUGGCCCGGCAGUUCAACCUGAUCCCACCCAUCUGCGAGCAGGCCGAGUACCACAUGUUCCAGCGCGAGAAGGUGGAGGUGCAGCUGCCUGAGCUGUUCCACAAGAUAGGAGUGGGCGCCAUGACCUGGUCCCCUCUGGCCUGUGGCAUCGUUUCCGGAAAAUAUGACAGCGGCAUCCCACCCUACUCGAGAGCCUCCUUGAAGGGCUACCAGUGGCUGAAGGACAAGAUCCUGAGCGAGGAGGGUCGACGCCAGCAGGCCAAGCUGAAGGAGCUGCAGGCCAUUGCCGAGCGCCUGGGCUGCACCCUGCCCCAACUGGCCAUCGCCUGGUGCCUGAGGAACGAAGGGGUCAGCUCGGUGCUCCUGGGGGCGUCCAACGCAGACCAGCUCAUGGAGAACAUCGGAGCAAUACAGGUCCUCCCCAAACUGUCAUCUUCCACCAUCCAUGAGAUUGAUAGUAUCUUGGGCAAUAAACCCUACAGCAAAAAGGACUACCGAUCCUAAGACGCCCCGCCCGCCUGCUCGGACAGUUUCCGUUUCCCUCCUAGUCUCUGUUCGCUCGCUUAAGCUGUUUUGAAGCCAAGUGCAGAGUGUGGUUUGCAUCAAAGAGAAACACCACGCCGUGACGUCAUCGGGACAUAAACUCCCAAGUUGCUGCCAGACACCACCCACUGCUUCGCCAGACAACACGGAAGUCGGAUCUGUGCCGGGGCUGCUGUUGUUUAGGAAGGACAUUCAGGCAGUCCCACCCAAGCCCGUCGCCGCCGCCCAUCCUCCAGGGAGAGACCACCCAGCUUUCUCCGAGCCACAGCCUUCCCCAGAGAUCCCCAGAGUCAAAGCCAGGCCAAGGGCUAGCUGGAUCCCCGGGGCAGGCAGGGCCCUCCUCUCCUCUGCUGAAAACUCCCACCCAGUGUUGGGGGAGGGGAGAGGGGUCUGGCCCUUCCCAGGGGGGCCCCCUCUGCCAGGGUCCUGUAGCUGGGUCAGGGUCUUCCCACAGGGGUCUUCCUCAACCUCCUCCUUUCCAAGGGCUCCAGGUACUUUCUGGGGGGCCUGACCCCAGAUUCCUCCCCUGCCCAAGCUGCCCAGUGGAUCUCAGCAGGGGCCACGUCUACAAGCUGACCCUUGACCCUCACACCCACCACAGGGGACUGGCUCUGCAAUUUGGGACCCCCAAGAAGCACAAGGUCCGGUUUCUAGCUCACUGUCCCACCCUGCACACCAACAAUGAGCCUCAUGACAGGGAAGCUGAGUGCAGGGGGCCCAAUGACGGAAGGCCCUGUGGUUGGUUGUGCACUCUUAGCUAGAUGGGGGCUGCUGACCACAGCAUGGGCAGGCAACAGCGGGCAGGGCCCGUGUGCACAGGGCCAUGUUCCUCUUGGUCCCUGGAGACCCUCUUCCAGCCUCCCACCCCUACCCAGGCCUCUGUUCUGCACCGGGAAGGUGAGCUUGGGUUUUGCAGAGACACCCCACUGAGAUCCUUUCAGUAAGCCAGUGUCCCUGGGGUGUUCUGUGCUGCAAGCCCAGGGGCUAGGGGCUGUUUCCCCCGCUGCAGCCCCCUGAAAUGGAGGAACAGACCUCAGGAAACCCCUCCCUGGAGAGAUGGCUGGGCUAGUCAUCCCCUUCCACACCCCCCACCUGGAACGGAAUGGGAGAGGGAGGGAGGGCCAGGCCCAAGUGCAGCCUGGGGCUGGGCGAAGGGUGAAGCCACAAAGUCUGCAGGGGUGGGGGCUCCACUCAAAGGCCCAGUCCUGGGGUCCCAGCAUUUGCCAGUGAAAGGGAGGCAGGCUCCACAGAACCCGUCCCCGCCCUGCACUUCGCCAGCUGGCUCUGUAGGGGACCUGGGCCUCCUGCCCCCCGGGGCACCCCCCUGCGUGGGCACAUCUGCUCCCGCCUUGCCCUGGGAUGCGCUGCUGUUCCCAGCGGGCCCCGCCCUGCUGUUCUCCAAGGGCUGCGAAGCCACAGAGACCAGGGAGAGGGGCCGAGGGGGAGGGGCGUGGCUUCCUCCAUUCCUGACCCACUUCUGACCUGAAGGCGAGAACCUCUGCCCCUCCUCGUAGACCCAGCCCCUGGGGUCUUCUCCACCAAGACCUGCUCCAGCUUGGCCAGAAGCCGCCCCGGGGGCACGGGAAGGGGGCAGCACCCCACAGGACAAGGCCCUGCAGUGGCCAGUGGUGCUGAAGGGAUAGAGGGCCCCCUCCCCCUGCGGACAGGGAGGGCGGCUGGGCCUGUCCACACAGCUGCCCUGGCCCUUCCUACAGCUGGGACGUGGCCCAGAGCCUGCGGUGGCUCCUGCGGUGGGGGCCGCUGCUCCCGUGAGCCACGACUGGGAACGCCGAGUCCCCUGCGAGGCCAGGGCCCCAGCGCAGGACCCAGGCAGCCCCUGGCCCAGCUCCCACAACCUGGUCUGAGGUUCCCCGUUUCUUCCACAUCCUCCUGCAGGCAGGAUGGGGGGGCUCUGCCUCCUGGGGGCGGGUCCCCCAGCUCAGGAGGGGGCAGAGCGGGGGAGGGGUGUUGGAUGGAGAAGGGACAAAGGCCAAGGGCGGUCGGAGCCCAGACCCAGAGGAGUCCCCUACACCCCGUUUCCCACCCUGCCUUGUGGGCAAGUCCCGGGUCCAAGGAAUGGCGGGGCUUUCUCCUGUCUUCUGCCCCGGCCCAGUCCUGUAAAUAACGUGCUUUUUCUCUCCCCCGCCUUUUUUUUUUAACAACCAUGGUUCCUCCGCUAAUCGCAUCCCCUCCCAGGCAGAGACUGCCACAUGCCUUGAGCUUCCAAACGAGACUCAGACCGAGACACGGCCACCAUAUUUAUGGAAUGACAAAAUAAAGCCCAAGUCCAUCGGUC